AUGCUGCACUCUCUGCAGCAUUCAUGUAGAAGCGCGCUCAGUAUCCGCGGUGUCUCUGCCCAUGUUCAAACGUUCACUGGUGCACUCUCUCGCUUCCUAUCGCCGCAGCCUUUGGAGUCGGUCGCCAUUCGGGAUACGUAUCAAGGAGACGCAAUCCUAGCUUCAGAUGAUAUGCUGUGGAUCCGAUCUCUUUCCCCUUUUUCAAAGCUCACGUUGUUACACAUCCUGCGCGGCCGUCCCGGCGACCGAUACAUAUCUCUUCAAGGUUGGGAACUUCUAGACGCCGUGCGCAGCUGGUCGCUCCUCAGUGACCUGCGCAUGCACGCGCUCAAACACAUGUUGAUGCUGCAAGAGCUGGUUGACCUGAUCAUCUCUCUUCCCCACCUCGCCAUCUUGGACAUCGACACAACGGUCACACUUGAGAGUGUCGAGGCCCUCUUUUUUUGGAGACGCUAA